AUGGCAGAGGAGGAGGGCAGUAUGGGCGAAGGUAAUAUGUUUCUGGCGUUUGCCCAGGGUCCCAUUCCUCCCAGGGGACCCCUGUGAUGCAACUUGGACAAGGUUUUUUUCUCCUUCCUGGUCCUCUUCCUGACUUUGCUGGUGCUGGAGGCUGCCUACAAACUGCUAUGGCUGCGGCCAUGGGCGAAGUUUAGGGACUGGCUCCUCAGGAGGAGGAGGAGGUGGAACUGUGAUUGCUUCCCCAUAGAACUCCUCUUCUUGCCACAGAGGUGA